AUGCCGUUGUUGAUCUUGGCUCUCCUGAUAACAGAAUCCAAUUUCCUUCCUUCCCUCCACAGGUUUGGAGCAAAGUCUCCCUUCACUUGUUGCCCUCUAGCCCUGAGCCCCAGGGGCUCAGCCAUCGCCAAGAUUGUGGGUGGCAAUGCAGCCCAGCUGGCACACUUUGACCCACGGGUGAUCAUGUGGGUGUUUGAGGAAGACGUCGGGGGCAGAAAGCUGACAGAGAUCAUCAACACGCAGCAUGAGAAUGUCAAAUACCUGCCAGGGCACAAGCUGCCCCCCAACGUGGUGGCUGUCCCAGAUCUGGUCCUGGCUGCAGCGGAUGCCGACAUCCUGAUCUUUGUGGUGCCCCAUCAGUUCAUCGGCAAGAUCUGUGAUCAGCUCAAGGGCCACCUGAAGGCAAACACCAUUGGCAUAUCUCUUAUUAAGGGGGUAGACGAAGGCCCCAACGGGCUGAAGCUCAUCUCUGAAGUAAUUGGGGAACGCCUUGGCAUCCCCAUGAGCGUGCUGAUGGGGGCCAACAUUGCCAGCGAGGUGGCUGAUGAGAAGUUCUGUGAGACAACCAUUGGCUGCAAGGAUCUGGCCCAGGGACAGCUUCUGAAAGAGCUGAUGCAGACACCCAAUUUCCGUAUUACCGUGGUGCAAGAGGUGGACACAGUAGAGAUCUGUGGAGCUUUAAAGAAUAUAGUGGCCGUGGGGGCUGGCUUCUGCGAUGGGCUGGGCUUUGGCGACAACACCAAGGCGGCAGUGAUCCGACUGGGGCUCAUGGAGAUGAUCGCCUUCGCCAAGCUCUUCUGCAGUGGCCCUGUGUCCUCUGCCACCUUCUUGGAGAGCUGUGGUGUUGCUGACCUCAUCACUACCUGCUACGCAGGACGGAACCGCAAGGUGGCUGAGGCCUUCGCCCGAACAGGAAAGUCCAUUGAGCAGCUGGAGAAAGACAUGCUGAAUGGGCAGAAGCUGCAGGGGCCCCAGACAGCCCGGGAGCUACACAGCAUCCUCCAGCACAAAGGCCUGGUGGACAAGUUCCCUCUGUUCAUGGCUGUCUAUAAGAUAUGCUACGAGAACCAGCCAGUGGGUGAAUUCAUCCACUGCCUACAGAAUCAUCCAGAACAUAUAUGAGUGGGGCUGGGGCCCAGGCCAGGCAGCUUCUUUACCCCAAUGGAGACAGGAAGAAGCUUGGGGUACCUGGCCACCAGGAUCUCUGGGACUCCCCACAAAGUAGCCACUUCUCAGUUGUUCACUGGAAGACAGGAGGCUGUGGGGCCCAGCUACCUGCUUGGAAAUCCAGAACCACCAAGCAGCCUGUAGCCUCUUGCCACCACAUUUCACCAGAAAUGGAGUUGCCUUGUCCCUCUCCAGAUGUGGGGCUCUCUCCCUGUCCUCUGGGAGGGGUAGACUCAAGCCCCAGUGCUGCCUGCUUUCAGUGUGUGUGUAGG